GUUAGUCAUGUGCUGAGCUCAUUUACACUAAAAUAUGCUUAUUUUUAUGUUUUUUUUAUGUUUUCCCUGCAUCAUAUGAGGUCAUGUUCCUGUAGGAAAUUAAGUGGCUUGAUAUGUCUCUGCAGUCAGCAGUUAUUUGGUGAAACUCAAGUUUCAUAUCAGAACACAUUAGACAAAAGAUGAAGAACCACUUCAAUGUUAGCGCCCUCACCAGCCUGAGCGCCCCAGCGAUUGUGGGAAAUGCUUGCGGAAUCGACUUCAGUCAAGACGGCAUCUUCCUUCCCGUCUUGUAUGGAAUCUUCUUCAUCAUCGGCACCCCUUUAAACCUGUUGGCGCUCUUUGGGCUCUACAGACUCAUCCAGUCGGAGAAUGUCCUGCCCGUGUACGUCAUCAAUCUUCUGAUCGCAGAUCUAAUUCAACUUCUGACUUUGCCUUUGUGGAUAGACUACUAUGCAAACGGACACUACUGGCGCUUCGGACCCCGGAGCUGUCAGUUCAUGGGUUUGUUUUUUUACAUUAGCAUUUACGCGGGCAUCUUCUUCAUGUGUAUCAUCGCUCUAGAACGUCACUUGGCCAUUGCCAGACCUCUCAGUUUCAAGCAUCUCCGUAACUUGAAGUUUGCUCGCUGGAUAGCACUCGGCAUUUGGAUUCUAAUUGCGGUGCCACCUGCCAUUGCGUUCGACAAGCUCUUUCCCAAGCAGGGAAAUUAUACUCUUUGUAUCGAGAAGUAUCCCUCAGAGGGCAGUUUUAUCACCUACAGGCUGAUUACUCUGCUUGUGUCCUUCAUCAUACCCCUGAGCUUCAUUGUUGGUCUCCACAGAGAGACCGUCCGCUCGCUGAUGGCAAUCAACUCGCUUUUAUCCGAAGAGAAGAAGAGUAUCAGGGGUCUGCUCACCCUUCUGGUGGCCGUAUUUGUCACGGUGCUGGGGCCCUAUCAUUUCAUUGGCUGUGUGAAGUACGUGGGACUGCUGAUACACAGCAGUCCGUGCGUUUGGGAGAAGGCAGUGUUUGUGCCCUAUCAGUUAGGACGAGGCUUUCUGAGCCUUAACAGCUUGCUGGAUCCUGUGUUUUACAUCUUUCUCCGCAGAGACUUUCGUGCUGCCGCUGGGAAGUACUUGCCCUGCCUGAGGGGAGUGAGGAACAGAUCGUAUCGGACAGAGAAAGCGACAAGCUCCACUCUAGACUGUGAUUGAAGAUUUCCCCGUGGUUAAGUAUUUGAAAUACACUUUGGACAAAGAGCUAAGAAAUUAUGCCAAACUAAUACAAAAAACGUAAUUAGAUCUAUGGUGGCGCCAUCAUCUAAGAAAGAUGUUUUAGCAUCGUUCAUUUUUAAUCA